UUUGUAGUGGGAUCACAUGGAAUUUGCGAACCGAAAUACUAUUGGGCUUUAAAUCUUUUUUUUCUUCCUCCUUUUAACUAGCAAAGUAUUCAUUGCCGUGAGGAAAUUCUUAGCAAUUUUAAGCAUCUUAUUUAUAUGUAUAUAUCAUGGAAGUCAUUGUGAAAAAUUGUAAAUCACAUCCAUCUUGUCCUCAUGGUCCUUGCUUAAUGUUUGAAAGGCAUACAUCAAAUGGCAUAAAAAGUGGGAAGAAAUUUUAUGCGUGCUCAGCCUGCCGAGACCGGUCUGUAUGCAACUUCUUUCAUUGGGUUGAUGAUGAUUUUAGCACUUAUAAGAGGGAACACUGGGAGCAAAUAAUUGCUGCAAGCAAACCACCUUAUAUUCAUGAUGAAUAUGUAAAGAGGCGCACUUCUUUUCAGAACCUUCCACAGCAUGAGAGAAAAUAUUGUAGAACUUGUUCCUUGUUGAUUUUAAAAGAUAUUGAAGAUCAUAAUAACCAUGAAAUUAUUGAUAAUGUGAGUGAAGAUCAAUUACUUCAGCCUACUACCUUGUUUCAGACAUUGGAAAAUAAAAAAUCUGAAGCUCAAUAUUUUUUCUCACCCAAAACAAUUCAUUUUGUGACAUCUUUACUUCAGAAAUUGAAAUUUACAAAAGUUGUUCUGAUUGGCGUGCCAAAAAUUCAUGAAUAUUUGAUAUCAAAUAAAACUGAGAAUACAGGACUUACAUCAUUCCUCAUGGACAUUGAUCACAGAUAUAUGCAGUUCUUUGGACCUGAACAGUUUUGUCAUUAUAAUUUAUUCAAUAACCACUUUUUUGGUGGUAAAGCAAGUAAAAAGAAAUUCAAGGAGUUUUUGACUGAAAAAAAUGGAGAAAAAGUUGCUAUUUUGUUGGAUCCUCCAUUUGGUGGUCUCAUUGAUGCCAUAUGUUACACUCUGCAGAAAAUGAAUCAGUAUUGGCAGAAAGUUAAUAGCAAAGAAAGUACAGAAACUGUUCCAAUUAUUUGGUUUUUUCCAUAUUUUUUGGAACCAAGAAUUGUUCAAACAAUGCCAGAUUUAGUGAUGAUGGAUUAUAAGGUUGAAUAUCUGAAUCACAAAAAAUUUGGAAGUCAAGCAGGUUCUAAAGGUUCUCCUGUAAGGAUCUUUACUAAUAUUAAUGGCUCUUCUUUUGUUUUACCUAAAAAUGAAGGAUACAAAUAUUGUAAAAUCUGUCAAAGAUAUGUAUCUAAAGAAAAUCAACAUUGUUCUAAAUGUAACAAGUGCACAACAAAACAUGGCAAUACUUUCAAACAUUGUGACAGCUGUAAACAAUGUGUAAAAAGUUCCUAUGUUCACUGUGAAGUUCACAAUAAAUGUGUUCCAGAUACGGCAAGCCAUACAGAAAUUUCUGGUAAGAUAUGUAAAUGCAAUAGAAUAGAAUCCGAAGGAGAAAUGUCUAACAAGUGCUUUAAAUGUUUUGGGUAUGGUCAUAGAAAGCGAGAUUGCACUGGAAAUUCAAAGAAUCAGAAAGGAAGAAGAAAGAAGAUGAAAAAAUAAAGUUUUGUUCAUCUAUAAAUUGUCUUAAUUUUUUUUAAUAAAUUAAAGGUUGCCCCCAUUUCUUAUAC